AUGCAGCAGCAAAGAGACAUUUGCCCUGUACUUCUAUCAAUAAUUCGAGAAGAACUUGCCAAAUGCGACCAGGGGGACAGUAAGCAAGUCCUGGAUGAAAAGCAGAAAUGCAUGCAGGCUGAUCUGCAGCCGUUAGCCUUGGAGCAGUCAGUCAGAUACACCUGUAAUUGUAGAACAUCACCUGCAGCAAGAAAUCUACAGGGUGGUUCGGCUCAGGAUGAGUUUGACAGCGAAGAGGAUUUUCUUCAAAGAAUGGCAAGACUUCAUCGUUCUCUUGCAACCAUAGAAGCUUUUUAUCGUGAUUCUUAUAAAAAGAAAAAUUGCUAA